GAGCGAACUUCAGACCUCUGAGUCUUGCACCAACUGAAUUCCUUUUCUGUUUCCAAGAGCGGAUUUUUGCUAGGCGUAUUGGCUCCCGAAUAGACGAUAGAAGAUUUCUGCGAUUGAAUUCCCGUCAACUUCACGAGACCAUGAGACAUCACGGUGUUCGCGGCUGCUUAGGAGAAGAUGGAAUACAUGUGGAUAUGGAGCACCUUAAGAAGGGAGAAGUGAACCUUGGUACUUCGAUCAUGGCAAUAAAUUUCAAAGAUGGCGUCAUCCUCGGUGCAGACAGUCGAACGACAACAGGCGCCUACAUAGCCAACCGCGUCACCGACAAACUCACCCAAGUGCACGACACGAUCUGGUGUUGCCGAUCAGGCUCAGCAGCAGACACGCAAGCUGUAGCUGACAUCGUACGGUAUCAUCUGGGCAUGUACGGCGUUGUGUAUGACCAGCCGCCCACGACUCAAACUGCUGCAGCUCUGUUCCAAGAAUUAUGCUAUGACAACAAAGAUAUGUUAAGUGCCGGUAUAAUUAUCGCUGGAUACGACCACCGCCAUGGUGGUCAAGUCUACUCCAUUCCGCUCGGCGGCUCCCUCCACAAGCAGGCCUAUGCCAUUGGUGGAUCCGGCUCCACAUAUAUCUACGGCUACUGCGACGCGCACUGGCGAGAAGGUAUGACAGAGGAAGAGGGGAUCGAGUUCGUUAAGGGAGCAUUACAUGAAGCUAUCAAGUGGGAUGGAAGCUCCGGCGGCGUCAUCCGACUGGUGGUGUUAACAGCAAAAGGUGCCGUGAGACAUUUAUACCUUCCUGAUAAUGGAUAUAAAGGUCCCGGAGCACAGUAGUACGCUACAGUUGCCGAUUUAGUUUGGGAGUUCAUGGAUCUAUCUCUCGCAAUUUUCAAUUUACUUCAUUCAAUAAUGCCCUUUUGAUUCUUAAUGCCGUUUGUUGUUUUGAAGUGGUCGGAUUUGGCAUCAAGAGGCUUGUGCUCUUUUCCCAGAAAUCAUUUCUAGACUCAACGUUGGUAUUUGCUAGAGCCUCAGGCCUGCGAGUCAUUGACAGGCGCAUCUAACGAUUCGACUUCUUUCACGCUCUGCCACGUCCCGAACUUAACAACUUCCACCUCCAACGUUUCCGCGUCUAACAAUACCAACUCUCCAGUUUCACGAAACUUAGGGAGAGCCAGAAGUCUCACUUUCGAAGGCUGAUCUCCUUCUAUGUCCAUCGACGAUGCAGAAACGGACUUCUCGAUAACCGUUGUCCUGAAUGCUGGCUGAUUCCCAGUGAAAAAUACGUGUGGGCAUGCUUGCAGCACGAAUGGAUCGUUAUCCUGAAAGGGAUAGCACCCUAUAAACAGAAUUGUUAGACGAAUAUUCCACGUAAAUGACAAGUUUUGAACACAGGGGACCUAC